AUGAAAGGAAUGGCUAUGAUACAGUUAAAGAGCAUUUUUGUAAACGUGUAUGUCCAUAAAUAAAGUAACUGCGACUUUCACUGAAUUCAACAUCAUUAAUGUAUUUUUUAAUUAGCUUUUCGCAGGCACUCAAAAGACUACAUGCAGAAGGGCGUUCCCUACUGUGGGGGAAAAAAUGAGUUGAAUUUUAAUUGGUGGAGACACCUGCACCUGGGACAGCUGUUCGUGAUACACACUGCUGAGUAUGUCCGAGCACGCGGCAGGAUCACGUCAGAGGAUUUGUUUAACAGCGACGUUUUAAAAGCAAAAGGUCUGAGUUGUCUGCUGGACACUUCCAUCAUCUCUGGAUUAGAGACAAACAGAUGGAGGGAGUGCUGAUUUUUAAAUCGGCUUCUCUUCCCAACUGUUCACCUCCAGACUCGUCUUCUCUUCCUCUGUCAGCAUCUCCUGAGCCUCCUGCCAUGCAUGUUACAAUUGUAUCUCCAGUACCCCCUCCGCCUCCCCCACCACCACCACCACUACCCCCUCCGCCACCUCCCCCACCUGUCCAUUCCUCUCCUUUCGGGUCUCGCAACAUUCAGAGACGUUCCAUGAAAAAGCUGAACUGGGAUACUAUUCCCAGCCAGCGUGUCCUGGGCAAACUGAAUGUGUGGACAUCUAGUCGGCCCCAGAGGGACCUGGUGCUUGAUAUUCGGAGCAUGGAGGAAUUGUUCAGUCACGUAGACAAACGAGCCUCACUGUGCACUUCAACAAACCUGAAGAAAUGUGAUGGCAUGGAUCACCUUCCACAGGAGCCUCAGGUCACAAUUCUCGACUCCAAGAGAAGUAUGAAUAUCGGAAUCUUCCUGAGGCAUUUUAAGAGGCCUGUGACAGAAAUUGUGCAGGACAUUUAUCAAGGGAACUGGCUCCGGUUUGGAAAUGGGAAGUUGAAAGAGCUUUGUAAGCUGCUGCCAGAGGAAAGUGAGGUCAAACUGCUGAUGUCGUUCAGUGGAAACCUUUCUGUUUUGACUGAGGCUGACCAGUUCAUGGUGCAGCUGGUCAAAGUACCAGGUUAUGAGGAACGGUUGAAAAUGAUGGUGCUAAGGGAGGAAUUUUUUCCUCUAAUGGAGGAGGUGAAGAACUCAGUUGGCGUCAUGUCCAAAGCAGCUAAUGAACUGUUGGACUGUGAUGACCUCCACUCGGUCAUUCGGCUGGUAUUAAAAGCCGGGAACUACAUGAAUGCUGGUGGUCACAAUUCCAGUGUUAUUGGCUUUAGGAUGACCUCUCUGCUUAAGCUGGCAGACACCAAGGCCAACAAGCCAGGCAUGAACCUCAUGCACUACGUUGCCAAGCAAGCAGAAUACAUUGAUUCUGAGUUACUGACCUUUCCCAACCAGCUUGAACAUAUUGGGAUGGCAUUAAGGAUUUGUAAAGAGGAGGUCAUCUCCGAUUUUGAGAGGGAAGUCAAGAAGAUCAAAGAAGUGAAAUUGUACAGCAGCAGACAUCCUGGCCUCGUACAACAAAUGGAGACGUUUUUAAUUAGGGCUGAGGCCAAGCUUGCAGAAGUGGAGUCCUCUCUCCAGGAGUUAAAAUCUGUGAGCAAUGCUGUUGCUGAAUACUUCUGUGAAGACCCAUCUACCUUUAAAUUAGAGGAGUGCUGCUCUAUUUUUCACUCAUUUUGCAAGAGGUUUGACACAGCUGUGCAGGAAAACCGAGAGCGAGAGGAAGCAGAGCGGCGGCACAAGCGGAAGGAGAGCAUGCGUAUAGCACCCAAACGCCAGUCCACAGCAUCAGGACCCAACGGUGAGUCGUCAAGCCUGGAGUCGGCCCUGCACAACUUCCUGUCUACUUCCUGUCCCAGAAGGUUUGGCCAGGUGCAGAAAGAAUGCACUGCCCCCAAUCGAAGGGUCACCCUCGGAGUGCACUUCCCAGAGUGAUUCAUCGGUAGAAACAUCUGAGCAAAGUCCCCAUUCUAACCAAGAGAGUCAUAAGAAACCAUUCCAAGUACAAAAAGAGGAUAAAGACAUGUCAAAACUGGAAAACAAAGAAGCCAAGAAGAUGGAAAAGAUCUCUCUGAAUGUGCUUUGCUACCAAAAAAGCACAAAAAGCCUCAACUGUGAGAGAGGUUCAGGUACUCCUUGUCGUUUGCAGAGAGAGCAAGACACACUCGCUACCCCAAAAACACCUCGGCCUAGGACCAGAGACUACUUCUUUGCCAGCAAUGGGGAUGUGAGCUCCCCAUGGACUAUCCUGAGCCCUUUUACUUGCACUCAGAAAACCAGCCCUCAGAGAAACAGACCAGCCCACCAACGCAGGCUGUCAUCCACAUAUGGUGGCGACAACCUUGAUGAUGGUGUGUGGAAGAGCGAUGAGGGCAAUGAUGCACCCAAAUCCCUCAGUGAGACGUCUCCAUCUAGGGGUUCUGGUUUUCUUCCUGAAUGCCCCAAUCGGAGAGGUUUGUCGCAGGGUACCACCCACAGGUCUCGUUCUGUUGAUGAAACUGUGCAGUCCCCUCCAUCUGGCUUCCGACUGGGAGACCUGCUGCAGAAAAACGCAUCUCAAAGGUCAUUCUCCUCUGGCUCAAGGACGGAAAGUGUAACAAAAGAGGAAACUGGAAUCAGUAAGGCUGGGAAUAAUGCAGAAGGGCAGGUGAGCGCCUCUGGAUUUAUAUCCUUCUUCAGGCGUAUUGGAGGCAGAAGCAAACCCGGUGAUUUGGAAGAGCAAAAUUGCAAAGGCUCUAGUACUUAAUAUAAGAUUUUUUUUUGGAGAUGGAAACCAAGCUUUGCCUUUUUUUUGUUAAAAACUUGUCUGUCUUUUUUUAAUGUUAUGGUUUUACCCUUCAGUGGAAACAAGGCAAACAUGGACUUGCUUUGAACUGUGAAGGUUUUGAUUUUUGAGAGUAACCACAUUCAAAAAUCGCAACAGGUUCCUCACUUUUUGUCUUUUUGUAUUAAAUAAAGGCUGACAUUCUACCUUUUAAUUUUUUCUGUAAUAUUGACUGUACUCUCAAAUGGUAAAUAACUUUUCAAAUUAAAUUGUUGUCUCAUA